AUGCUGCUGGAUCUUUCCUCGCCCCCCUCAGGAUACGUUAAAUUCUUGCUCCUGGCCCUAGCUGUCCUUGUGGUCCUGCCUCAGGCUUCCCCAGAUGGAUGGGUCCACAGGUGCGAUUACAGUACUGGCCAAUGCAGGACAGCUUGCAAAGAAAAUGAGAAAGAGAAAGAAAAAUGUAUAGGAAAAAAAAUUUGCUGCAUCCCUCUAAUAAAGCCAAAAUCAUCAAGUGUUCUCAAGAAACAAGAGAUGAUACGUGGCAUCCAUGACACUAAGUUCCCAGUGGGCUUCCAUGAAUCUAGGCCUCCAGCUAACCCCAGCAUCCACAGUACCAGAUUCCCACAUAUUGAGACCCCCUGUUCACCCUGA